AUGGGAUGGAAACCUGGUUUAAAAAGAAUUUAUUUUCCCAACAUAAUUUUUCGUUUAAUUCGCACACCUUCAUUACCUCCAAAUAAAGUAGCGUUUCGAAUCCCGACUAAUGUCAAUAAACUUGAUAUAAAAGAUUAUUUAACACAUAUUUAUAAACUGGAGGUAGUUGAUGUGCGAACGAUGGUCUACGCUGCAGAAUUACAAAAAUAUUCCAAUAAAUAUCGGCCUAGCUAUAAGAAAGCUAUUGUCACUUUAAGUGAGGAUUUUAAUUAUCCUCCAACACCUUCCGAUUCAAAAUAUUCAAUUGAACUUUUUCAAGAAAACAGAAAAUCUCAACUUCGAAAGUUAGCUGGUUGGAAAUCAAGGCCAAUUAGAGUAAUCAUGAAACAACAAGAAAACCAAAAUUUGAAUGAAGAUAAGGUUGUAGAAAAAGAAAAUAAAGAUGGGUGA